GAACCCUGCAAAAUUCUCUCAUUUCUUCCUCAAAAACCCUAGUUUUUUUUUUCCUCGAUCGCUGUCACCUCCAACUAUCGCAGACGAAGUGAAAGCGGAAUCAAGUAUCGAAGAAUAUUUUCACCUCUUGGCUGUGAUCAUAUUUACAUGGAGAGUACCUCUAGUGAUGAUGAAGAGUCACUUAGAGAUAACAAUGUGGAUCUCAAUGAUGACAAUUUAGAGCACCACUUAACAUUGGAUGUGAGCAAUCAUUUAGCUGAGUCAGACAACAUUUUCUCCUCCCAUCAGCAGUUCUCAGAAAACCCCGAACCAUUUGUCGGUAUGGAGUUUGAGUCUGAGGAGGCUGCAAAGUUGUUCUAUAUGGCAUAUGCUAGUCGCAUAGGAUUCUCAGUGCGUAUUAGCAAGUCACGGCGUUCAAGAAAUGACGAGUCCAUUAUUAUGCGACGCUUUGUGUGUUCUAAGGAGGGAUACCAUAUGAAGAAAGAAAAUUUUGAUGAUGGAAAGAAGAAGAGAAGGCGGCCGACCAUAAGAGAAGGUUGCAAUGCGAUGAUUGAGGUAAUUCAAAAAUACUAUGGCAGGUGGGUUGUCACUAAGCUUGUUACUGAGCACAAUCAUAUCGUGGCAGCACCCAGCAGGGUGCGUUAUAUUGCACCUGAAGAAUAUGCUGACAUGGAGCCAUUCCUUGGCAUGGAAUUCCCAUCUCAUGAAGCUGCACAGACUUUCUAUUAUGCAUAUGCUAGCCGAAUCGGUUUUGAUGUCCGUAUUAGGCUCUCCCGCCGUUCAACACGUGAUGAAUCCUUUGUGAUGCGACGAUUUGUGUGCACUAAGGAAGGUUAUGCUCCAUUGGAAGAAAAUUCUGAUGAAAGCAAGAAGAAGAGGAACCGAACUCCUACUAGGGAAGGCUGCAAGGCAAUGUUUGAGGUUAUGAAAAAAGAUUAUGAUAGGUGGAUUGUUUCUAAGCUUGUCAUGGAGCAUACUCAUGACCUGGCGAUUGCACCAAGCAAGGUGCAUUAUAUUCAGUCACAGACUGAAGUAGUCGUUCUUGCAAAAAGUGGCACUGUUAAUCGCGAGAAACCAGUAGCUCUUGCUAAUUCAGGGCCUCAACAUGUAGAAGCAUUUGGAGGCUUUAAUAAUCUUCCCUCAAUUGACCAGGACCCUAGAAUAGAUGCAAGAGAUCCUCGACAAACUGCUUAUGGAUUAGAAGACACUCAGAGAUUAUUGGAUUACUUCAAAAGGAAGCAAGAUCAGAAUCCUACAUUCUUCUAUGCAUUUCAAGUAGACAAGACUAAUUGCUUGACUCAUGCCUUUUGGGCAGAUGGAAAAGCUAAGAUGUCUUACUUUUGCUUUGGUGAUGCAGUGACACUUGACACAUCUUAUAAGGAGAACAAAUAUAUGAUGCCUUUUGUCAUGUUCACCGGUGUCAACCAUCACUUCCAAUCUGUUAUUUUUGGAUGUGGGUUGCUAACUGAUGAGUCAGAGGCAUCGUUUAUUUGGCUACUCGAAAACUGGCUUAUCGCUAUGUGUGGGCGCCCUCCAGCUUCUUUAGUUACUGAUCAUCAUGAUGUUAUAAGUAAUGCUGUUUCCAAGGUCUUACCAAACACUCACCACCGACUGAGCAAGUGGUAUAUCUUGAAUAGAUUGAAGGAAAAAUUUUCCAACUUCUAUAUCUUACAUCCUACUUUUGAAGCAGACUUGAUGAAGUGUAUUCAUGAGUCUGAAACAGUUGAAAUAUUUGAGGUUCGGUGGAAGUCAUUGCUUGAUAAUUAUGACCUAAAUGAGAGCUCAUGGCUGCAUUUUCUAUACAAUAUACGUGAAAAAUGGGUUCCAGUCUACCACAAGAACAUAUUUACUGCAGAAAUCUCUGUCACCCAAAAGCCAGAAAGCUUGAACAAGUUGUUUGAGAAGUAUUUCAAUACAAAAACCACCCUAGAAGUUUUUUCUUCUAUCUUGGAACAUUCAUUGGCAGGCUGGUAUGAUAGAGAAAGCUUAGAAGAUUUCGCUUCGUCAUAUACCAGUCCAGUUUUAAAGACUCCUUCUAGCAUGCUAAAACAAGUUUCAGAAAUCUACACCAGGACAGUAUUUGAUAUAUUCCAGGAGGAAUUUGUUGAGUCUUUGGGUUACUUUGUUGACAAAAUCGAGGAUGGGGCGAUUUGCAAGUAUAAUGUUGCAAAAGAUGAAGAUGUUGAAACCUCGUGCACAGUUAUGUACGAUCCUUUGGAAAAGAGAACAAGUUGCAGUUGCUGCAAAUUUGAGAGUUCUGGCAUCUUGUGUAGGCAUAUAUUGAGAGUCUUUUUAACAGUCGAUGUACGUUUAGUCCCUGAGUAUUACAUCAUAAAACGGUGGACAAAAGACGCCAAGACCGCUUUUGUAGGAUAAGUUAAUGUGAAUUUAAAAUAUCCUAUACAAUACCAUCAUUAUAUGUCACCUUUUGAGAGAGGAGGUCUCAAAGUUGUUAUCCGUUGAGGUUUACGCACCAUCGCAGAGUUGUGGUAAAACUGUAAAAGAAAAAGGUUUUGUGAACUGCUCAGGUACUUGUUCUGUCAAUGACACCCAGGCAUUAAAAUGGUAUUGGUUGAAUGUAUAGAAACUGCAGAUUGAUUCUUGCAUAUUCUUGUGUACUUUGUCAGACAUCUUUGAACCACGAAUCUGUAUAUCCUUCAAUUUUCUGACUA